AUGAUUCAGUUACCGCCAUUUUAGCCGGUCCGAGCCAGUCGAAUCCUUUGUCUAUUGUCAGUUCCCUUUAUCAAGGCGAAUUGCAUACGUGCUGUCCAGUUUUAACGAUCGAAAUAUUCAAGAGUAGACUGCCGAGUGCCUCCGGAGAAAGAAAAAGAGAGCUUUAGCUUCGAUCGGGACCAAAAGCUGAGGUAUUGGAGUUGAAUCUACUGGAUUCGUCGACACGACAGAAUGCCGGAAUCGUGCAAGCCGAGUGUACGAUUCGGGGAGGAUUAUUCCUUGUACGUGACCAACUUGCCCCUUGAGUUGAACGAGGAUGGAAUCGCGAAAAUCUUCAAGGAAUAUGGCACUGUAAAGGCAAUAAUCGCUCCACGGGGCGGCCAAUUUGCGUUUAUCUCCUACGCAACAUACAGUGAAGCAGAAAAUGCAAUAAGAUCACUGGAUGGGAGGCCUCCACUGGACUUGAGGGUCCAAUUUCGUCGAAAAAGAAAGGAAGAGUCAGUCGAGAGACACGAGGAGGUCCAGCCAGGCCAAUUCCCAGACGAGCUUUCCCCACCAGUCCCCUCAUUGAUGGAACAAGACCACGUGCUGCCCAAGACCAGUGUCACUUACUCUCACCACGCAAGUCACGAUUCACCCGUUGAAUUACUUCGCAACAAGUUUCCUGCACGUGAAUAUUCCAUUGCUCCAGCUUACCCAGUGAUGUCCCCAAAUUUUGUGCAUUAUCCUUACGACAGGAUUGAGUACGCUGAUACAAAUGCAUUGUGGACGAGAGGGUCCCUGACAGUCGACGCCGCAGGACGUAGACACGUAACAAUGGGCAGAGGGCACACAUCAUACAACAUAUCUGAACCUCGUCCAAGAAUCAUCAACGAUAUUGCCAAAAUUUACGAGAUUCGACAUUCAGGGUGCUACAAGUAUGGAUCAGAUCAGUGUAAAGAUUACUGUGGGGAAUGCAUGCACUGUUCAAGAGAUGCAACACUGUGCUGCUCAAUAUGUGAGGGAUUCUACUGCAGUCGAGCCUGUCAAGCUGCUGACUGGCCAAAGCAUCAAGAACAGUGUGGAAAAAUUCCUCCUCUGGUCGGUGCUAACUCUCACCAGUGCAGCAACAAGAUUGACACAAAUGUCCCAGUGGAUUCACAGCCAGUUGUGGGAAUGGAAGUGAAAAAGACGAGUCAGCCAGCUGGUAAAAUUCAAGGAGAAGUAGACGAGAAGAAGAAGGUACCCCUUCGACGCCCUAAAUCAGUGGUCGAACCAAUUCCAACAAAAAUUGUUACUGUGGAAACACCUGCGGCCCCAACAACAUCCGCUGUAACUCCACAAGCUAAACAGGAAAAUACUUCGCCUCGCGUUGAAAAACCGGCUUCAAAACAAGCUGUGGAAACUAUUGCAGCAAGCCCAUCAGUGCCACGAGGAGACAACAGUGGAGCCAAAAGUAUUCGUAAUGCUCAUGCGAUGACUCGUUCCAAUGCUGACAAUUUUCUUCCCUCAUCAAGUUUCACUGAAGUGCUGAUUACCUCUGUUAAAGAGCCUGGAAAAUUGUUUUUCGUUCAGAAAAUCGAGGACAAUCCGAAAAUCGCUGAAUUGAUGGAGAAGCUCAAUGAAAGUAUUCAACAAUGUCCAUCAGUUGAUAAACCAGUCGUUGGGGAAAUCUAUGGAGUGAUCUAUGAUAACGUUUGGCAUCGUGGGCUUCUUCUGUCCUUCAAUCCUACAAUUGUCGAUUACAUUGAUUGGGGCACAGCUGAAGAGUUGUCAUCAUCAGCCAGUGGUUUCAAGGCUAUUGGAAGUUUGGCAGAGCCACCGAGAUUUUCACAACUGAUCAAACUGCCGCAGAAAUUCUUUGACAAAUCCAAGGAUCUUGAUAUUGAUGCGGUGAUGUCAGUGAAAAAAAUAAAUGUGAAGACUGAGAAUGGAGUUCACGUCAUCAAUGUCGACAUGUUCGAGGAGAAAACGCCAGUUGAAGAAGUUACUGUUGCUGCAAUUACACCAGCUGCACCGUCAGCCACACCAUCGGCUAAGAGACCUCCCAGUGUAUUGAAUUCUGUCACUGUAGGAAUGAAACUCGUCGCAGAAAUUGCAUAUGUCAUUGAUACUAGGGCAGUUCGAGUUGUCGUCAGCUUUGAUGCCAUCAAUGAGGCAUUCGAGAGUUUGCUGACUCCAUUCAAGGAUGACUGCGAUGGAAGAGCAGCGAGCUGCGUCAAUUACGAGCCACAUGUUGACGACUUGGUUGCAGUCAAGAAACCAGAUGAUGAGUAUUGGGUCCGUGGUUACGUUUUGAAGUAUCAACCACCAAGCAUUGAGAUUGCUUCUCUCGACGAGGCAGCCAUCAUCACUUCUGUGGAGAAGAUAAUCCCACUGACUCCUAAAUACAGUGACAUUUGUAUUUUCUCUGCAAUCAUGAAUACUAGUUCAGACCAGUCGUCCUUGGCUUCCCUUGAGGUAGGAAGUGUGGUAGAACUGGAUGUGACUGCAGCCAUGAACUCGAAGAGUAACAAUGAUGCUAGGGCUGUGGUGGAGGUGACUAUGAAGAAUGAUCAGUCAGUCAUAACGAAAGGACUGCAAUUGAAUGAAUGGACUCCAUGGGAAGUAGAAUUCUCUAAAGUGGACGUGACGCUGACAGAGACUCCUGAUACGAAAAUUAAUGACCCAGGAACUACAGGACAAGAAACAGUUCGCGAGACAAACAACAAAAAUAAUCGUGAAGAGAAAGACAAAGGAAAGGUGGAAAAUUCGUCAUCAGAGGCGAAAAGAAUAGUUGAACGUGUUGAAUUGAAAAAUAACACCAAUGUGAUGAUUCAGUCGUAUCGCAGCCCCAGUCUGCUCUUUCUUCGAAGUGUUGAACCUGAAGAAAUUGAGAGACACAAUCGUUUGAUGCAGACAGUAGCCAAGUGUGCUUUGACAUCAUCACCAUUAGAGUCACUUCCACAACCUGCUGAGUAUGUUUUAACCCAAUUUGAGGAUGGCAACUACUACAGAGCCAUGGUGUUUUCCUCAGACCCUGAGACGAAGCAGAUCAAAGUAGUUUACAUUGAUUAUGGCGACAUACAAAUGACAACUCUGGACAAACUGAGAGUAAUGCCAGAAUCUCUGAUGAAUGAAGUCUGCUGCGUCAAGAAGGUGAAACUCUACGGUAUCAAGUCGGGCCCUCCAACUGAAGAGGCUGUUCUUCAUCUGGCAAAUGCUGUUGCCUGUGAGGAGCAGUUUGUGUAUCAACGGCACAGCUCGAUCAAGGAUGAAGACCAUGUGAUUCUCAAGAGUACUGCAACGGGCAAGAGCUUCAAUGAUCAGAUUAAUCAGUUACUGACACCAACGUGGGAACGAGAGGGCAAGAAAAACGAAAAUUGUCAAUCGUCAGCUGCAGAAACGUCAGCUCCACCAGCUUCAGAGGCACAAUCGACUCCAAAGGAACAGGUCGUCAUUCUUCAGCCAAUCAGCAACAGUGAGUGCUUCACGUUGAACGACAUGGCUACUGGAAAACUUGGUAGCAUUGGUGAGACUGUUCCUGCUUUGUUCCUCGAGACCAUCCAGCCAGGAUGCAAGUUCGUGUUUGGACCAGAAGACACGGAAAUGAUUGUUCACGUGACGAGUGUCAUGCCAGAAAUGAUGAAGAAGUACAGUGAGUCGUCGAGUCAUUACAUUCCACGUGACAACGAACUUUGCAUCGCUCUCUUCGAGGAUGGCCAGUGGUACAGAGGCUGUUGCUUCAACUCCAAGGCCACAGCCACGUCUGCUCUCGUAUUCUUCCUCGAUUUCGGUAAUUUAUCGGAGGUUCUGCACACUGAUAUCAGGGAGAUGACGCGGGAUUUUUUGAAGCCAGAGGCCUUCGGCUGUGUCUGCAGUCUUUAUGAUUUCAUUGAUCCAGCCACUUCUGAGGUAGCACCACCGGUGCUGGCGAGACUGGAGACUCUUCUGCUGCAGAAUGAAACGUACAAAGUUGAAAUUGUCAGUUUUGAUGGGGACGAGUACCAGAUUAAAUUGCCGGAGAUUCAGUCCAAACUUGUGGAGGAAGGCUUGCUUUCGGCGUGAACAACGACGGUGUGCUUGAGAUGAAAAAAGUAUUUUUAUUUUUUCAACUAUAGCUUUAUUUGAGUUACUACAGCAGUGAGUUAUAAAAAUAUUCACUGUGUUUUUUUUCUCUAUGACUCUUUUUUUACUUUUAUAUUCUGAUUUUUUGUUAUCAGGUAUUAUUUGAGGGUAAAAUCGUUGCAGGAAAACGAUGAAUACUGUUUUUCAAUAUCAUAGGCUCAACAAUGGUGAACAUUCUUUUUCUUAUCAAUUAAUUGAUGACUUAUUCUCUUUUCUUGUCAGAUUCCAUUUGUUCUGAACAUUUUCACAAAUAGUUAUCGAAAAAGAGAAUGAAUAUAAUGUUAGACGUCAGUAACUUCUAUUUGCUUCUUUGAAGAAUCUCAGAGUUGAAUAUGAGAUCAAUAAUUUUCAUGUUUUUUUUACUUUUAUUUUUUAAUUUGUUCAUUAUUAUGUAUUACUCGAUGGAGAAGUGAAAAUGAUGGAUUCCGUUUUUCAAUAAAAUAUCAAAUGUUCAAAGA